AUGACUAUGCCUGGGGGAUUUGGUAGCCAGGGGAAGCAUAGGCUAACACAAGCUCUUCUCAAAUCUGGUUUUCAUCAAAACAGACAUGAUUACUCCUUGUUUACUAAAGCAACUAAUGGAAAAUUUGUUCUCAUACUUGUCUAUGUAGAUGACUUACUUAUUACAGAUCAAGAAAGGAAGUAUGCCUUGGAGAUGAUUUCAGAGGCAGGACUCUCAGUAUCAAAGCCCAAUAAAACCCCAAUGGAACAAAACUUGAAACUUACAAGCAUAGAAUUUGAUGAGAUUGUGAAAGAGAAUACCGAUGACAACGUCCUGGAGGACAGAAGGCUUUUUCAAAGAUUGGUUGGAAAACUUCUGUAUUUGACAAUCACAAGACCUGACAUUGCAUCUGCUGUGCAAAGUCUAACCCAAUUUAUGCAUGCUCCAAAGAAGUCUCUUUAUGAGGUUGCAUUACAUGUUGUGAGAUAUAUCAAAGAUCAACCUGGAUUUGGACUUCUCAUGAAAUCAAUUACAGGGUUCUGUAUCAAACUGGGGAGUUCUCUCAUUUCAUGGAAAGCAAAAAAGCAGACUACUAUCAUGAGGAGCUCAACUGAAGCUGAGUACAGAAGUAUGGCACAUACGGUGGCAGAGUUGACAGUGCUGAGCAUCUGUGGGGAUGUGAUGCAAGGUGAUAAGGCCAUCAUGCAACUUGUCUCGUACAAAAUGACAAUCUACCUUUAUGUGCUUGGUUGGCUAUCACAAAAAAUUGAGAUAGGAUGUAAGCAAGGAACUGUCAGUUCUUCUAGCAAUCGUUUAAGCCAUACUAGUUCUCCAACAACUUUUCUUACUAAUCUGUAUUCUGCCUCUUCAUAG